GUCGGGCCAGAAACCAAUUGAGGAAUCUGGUGAAGCAGACGCAACGAUAAUUUGAGGAUGUAGGCAUGAGUCUGAAGGAACAUGGGACUGUAUCAGCGGUGGCGGCGGCUCCGGUUCCCAGGGUUACAAACCUGCAGGCUACGCACGGACCGUAAGGCUGUGCGUACGCCUCCACACUGGUUAGCAGAGCGGCUUAGCCUUUUUGAGGAGCUAUGGGCUGCUCAAGUAAAGAGAUUAGCAAGCAUGGCACAGAAGGAACACCGGACUAUUAAGAUAACACUUGCCGGAGGCCAGAAAAUGGAUGCUGUAGCAUGGAACACAACUCCUUACCAACUAGCCCAGCAGAUCAGUUCACCUCUGGCAGGUACUGCAGUUGCUGCUCAAGUGAAUGGAGAACCUUAUGAUCUGGAGCGGCCCUUGGAGACCGAUUCUGACAUCAGAUUUCUGACAUUCGAUUCCACAGAGGGGAAAGCAGUAUUCUGGCACUCUAGCAGCCAUGUCUUGGGGGCAGCAGCUGAACAACUCCUAGGUGCUAUACUCUGCCAAGGUCCGAGUACAGAAUGUGGCUUCUAUCAUGAUUUCUUCCUGGGAAAGGAACGAACAGUCCGGGGCUUAGAGCUGCCAGUUUUGGAGAGGAUUUGCCAGGAAUUUGCAGCUGCUGCUCAACCUUUCCGGAGGCUAGAGGCUUCCCAGGAUGAGCUUCGCCAGCUUUUCAAGGAUAACCCCUUUAAGCUUCGCCUGAUCGAGAAGAAAGUGACAGGUCCAACAGCAACAGUGUAUGGGUGCGGCACAUUGGUUGAUCUUUGCCGGGGCCCCCACCUUCGGCAUACUGGACAGAUAGGAGGACUGAAACUGCUGACGAACUCGUCAUCCAUGUGGAGGUUGUCAGGCACCCCAGAGACACUGCAGAGAGUGUCAGGGAUUUCCUUUCCCACUGUGGAGGAGCUGAGGGCCUGGGAAGAGUGGAGGGAGGAAGCUGAGUUACGGGACCACCGACGCAUUGGGAAGGAACAGGAGCUCUUCUUCUUCCACAAAUUGAGCCCUGGGAGCUGCUUCUUCCUGCCUCGAGGGACAAGGGUCUAUAAUGCACUGGUGGCUUUUAUCAGGGUAAGGGGGACUCAAGACCAGGGGAAAGGAGACUGGGGAGGGACUGACGGCCUAGAAGAAACCAAGUGAUAAAAAAAGAGUGUUAGAAGCAUAAACAUGAAUACUGUAAAGGGCUGUUGACUUUUAUCAAGGUACUAGAAAGGUGUGGCCUACAGUGGAUGCGCAGAGAGAGGGAGCAUGGUAUUCAAUAGGCUAUGGCUAUGAUGAACAUGACCUGAGGGCCCAGAAGAGUCACACAGCUGC